AUGAGUGAAGUGAAGCACGGUAAUUCUGUGUACAACGCUGUUUUUGAUUCGUCUGGUUCUCUCUUCGUCUCAGCGUCAGAUGACAAGACGGCUUCGGUGUGGGACGUAGCAAGUGCGACCGAGGUGGUCAAAGCGAAGCAUGACCAUGCCGUUUACCAAGCUUCCUUCAAUUUGUCAGCUGCACGUUUCGUCACAGCGUCGCGCGACAGCUCGGCGUGUGUUUGGGACGUGUCUACCGGUGCGAAGCUCUUCACAGUGAAGCAUCGUGACAGGUGUAUGAAUGCCAGAUUCGAUGCGGCAGGCGACAGAAUUGUCACGGCUUCAUUCGAUAAGACCUCGACGGUUUGGGAUGUGAGAAGCGGUGCUCAAGUGUUUAUUGCGAAGCACAGCAAGCUUGUAUUCAGCGCAGGGUUUGAUCAGCUCGGGACACACGUGGUCACUGCAGGGGAUGACCACGCGGCGAGAGUUUUGGAUAUCACCGCGGGCAAGGCGUUGGCUACACUUCGGCAUCGCGAUCGAGUCUACACAGCGUUCUUCGAUCCAACAGGAACUCGUGUGAUCACAGGAUCGGCAGACCGUUCUGCGGGGGUGUGGGAGAUAGCCACUGGUGCACGACUUCUUGAAGCAAAGCAUGCGGGGCAUGUCGUGAACGCUACAUUCGACUUGUCUGGAGAGUUGGUCCUCACUGCCUCCAGCGACCACACAGCGGCAGUCUGGCGGGUAGCAACUGGAGAGCGCGUGCAAUCAUUUCGACAUGGCGAUGUCGUGAAUGCCGCUGCAUUCAGCUGA